AUGGAUAGAGACUAUCGCUGUUUUGAUUUAGCAUGCAUGCAACGAACGAACGAGUUCGACUUGACAAUCUGCAAAAACGGAGAAAUAAAGAGAACCAAAAAGAAGAAUUGUUCUUUAUAUUUCGGUGAGGAUGCCGGUUCGUUUCCUGUACACGGUUUUUCGCGCGUGUAUUCGAGUACUUCCCAGUCUUCUGAUCAAAAAAACGAGGCGCAUGCCUUUCCAGAAAGCGAAGCGAUUUUGGAUCAAAGGCCUUUUCAUCAUAAAAUGCAAAAAACUGAUUGCGAGUGGCAGCCGCACUUUCACGAUGAUGCAGGUGCAAUAGAUCAUGGUGUCCGUGCAAAUUACAACGGUGCAAACACGGCGAAUCAGCAAAAAUGUCUUACACCUGGCGGUCCACAAUCGAUUGGCAGUCGGUGCAGGUCUGCAACCGCUGAGUUCUUGGUCCAUAGUCUCAGUAACGAUAUUCGUGUUAUGAAUUUCUGUGCACAGGGCAGCAGAAUAGCCGUGACAUUUUGGAGUGUGGGAAAAGCCAUCGAUUUUUACAGGCAAUACAGUACCGUUCACAGGCUGAGGUUCGUUUCUCUGCGGAGAAAUUUCAAUUUUUUGUUCUAUGACGAUCAAAUAUGGAAGACCAUGAAACGAGCUGAACGCGAGAACAAUUUUAGAUUUAAUACGAAUGGCGACAUACAUUCCUCGUGGGCCGAAGAAUGUCCAUCCGUUCGUCAAGAAAAGUUUUCUCUUGAUUCGUACGAACAGGGACGGGCAGCUCACAGUAUAGAAAUAAACAAGGCAAAAAAUAUGUCGGUGAUGGAUUGCCAUUAUAACGGUGGAAAAGAACGAGAUUCAAGCGCAUCAGAGGUACUUUAUAGGGUUGGUAGGACGGGUAACAACGGUGAUAAGUUUUGUGACAGUGCUGAUCGUAUGUCCGUGUCCUGCGUUAGAUGUGAGGCAACAAAACCUAGUAAUGCAGCUGAAAAUGGUUUUGGUAGGUACUUCAACACCAUUCAGAACUUUUCUGCCCAUGGUGAUGGAACAAACAGCGGUUCGCAAUUCAUCGGAUCAGCAAUUCCGGCCCACCAUUUCGAAGAGCGAGUCAGGUACUUUUCUUCGCUGUACAACAAUUACACUUUGACCGACAUUAAGAAGUUCCGAUGCAUGAGCAGAAGGGACCAGCAGGCCAUUUUCAUUUCGGAGUGCAAGAAAAUCGCAGUAGGUAUGCACACCAACAUCACGGCACAGGAAAUGAUACGAGGUAUGAGAGCGGAUCAGAUCACCAGGUUAAUACGGGUGCUUGGCGAAGACAUGGCAUACAUCUGUUCGACUAAAUAUGGUGCGUACAGCGUGCAGGCACUGCUGAACGUGAAGAAAUUAACAAAGGAGAGCAAACAAAACAUCAUUGCAUCGUUGGAACGGAAUGCUUUGAACCUGUUUCUUCAUCCUAUCGGUAAUUACACGGUGCAAAAAACGAUUGAUUAUGAUCCUGAGUUCCUCAAAAAUUUUAUUGCUCGGAAUAUGAGCACGAUUUUAGGUGAUCACCUGGGCGUGAAGGUGUAUAAGAAGUGCAUUGCCCGACUUAACAUGAGUAAGGAGUGGAUUAGCGAGCAGGAAAGUAGAAUAGACGUGGCAAUGAGGCAAAGACAGCAGGACAAGCCUAAUAAAUAA